UCAACCAGACGAGUGACUGAAUAAUCGCAUACGUCUUUUUUGCCAGAAAGUAAAUGAACCACUGCCCUGACCCUACUGUGGCCCCUCAAGAAACUGAAUUAUGUUUUACUCGUCAUCGGAUCCCUUCUCUGCAUUCAUGACACGCAGUUUCACCAAGCCUCGGUUUUUCCCAUGACUGAGUCUUGAUGGCUUUGUUGGCAGUUUUGGAUGAUGGUGCAUUCUGUGAUUGUGCCAUACUCGCUAAAGAGUGUCCUGAAUUUUUCCUCAUCUGCCUUUUGGGGCACAUUUCCCACAAAAAUAUCUUCACCAUUGUUAAAUAUCUGAAUAAAAAACGUUUAUAGACAAAAAGGAGAGAAAAAAUAGGACACUUGGAAACAGGAUUAACUAAAGUAUUAAUGAAAAUAAAUGAAAGCAACAGUCCUCCUGAUGUCUUAGAACAGCAGCAGGAUCACAUAUUACUUUUUUUGUCUUGUAAAUUACUUUCUUGUGGCCACAAACAGGUAAGGUUUUUCACGAUGAAUGUGUCUCAGACGAUGGAGACAGAGGAGGACCUCCUGACUUGCCUCCAAAUCAAGCUUUACCAUCCUCAGCAGACCUGUAAGGGCUUUUAUGGUCGGCUUCCUCUGGGGACUAGAAGAAGACACACUGCCGACGACCCUCUCAGGCUGGGCCGUGACACCGAAGCAUGUGCCUACGUCCUGCUUGAUCCCCGGGUGUCCCGUAAGCAGCUGGCAUUCUACGCCUACCACAUUCCCCAGAGCUCAGAGAUGCUGUUUACCAUCCAGAAUCUGAGCCAGAGGGGGAAACUGUCAGUGAACACCUCAGCGCUGGGAUACCUGGAGAGGAUGGAUCUGCCAGACAAAGCUCUGAUCCGCUUUGGAGAGUAUGAGAUCCUGAUCAUCCGCGAGUCUGGUGAGGCCAAGGCCAACUUUGAGGUAGAGUUUGAGGUGCUGGCAGCACCUCCUUCCAGAGAGACACCCAUGAGCACAGACUCAAAUAUGAUGAACAACUUCUCAGCUGAGCUCAGCGUACGCAACCCUCUAGAGAGUGAUGAGAUGAACUAUCCUUACUGACAUGUAUUCUGUUUAUGUUAAUGACUUAGUGAACUUAGGGGCAAAUUGCUGUGAUGUUGUUACAUUAGAGUUCGAGCUGGCUGAGACAAAUUGUACCCUGUAGAUAUUAAAAAACUCUGAUCAUAAUAUGAUUACAGCUACAUUUAAAGUGUUUUAAAAUGCAAAUGUUUUAGAACCUUAAAGCUACUUGUUUCUAUAUUUUCAGUGUAAGAAAUUAAACUGUUUUUGUGCACAUGGUUUUAGAUAAUGUUUGAUGUGACUGC